AUGGCUGAGUCCGCGUAUGGCCUGACAACUUUCAGCCCUUCCGGGAGGCUUGUGCAGAUUGAGUACGCAACCACGGCAGCGGGUAAAGGCACAACCGCCCUGGGCGUCAAGGCGGUGGAUGGAGUAGUAAUCGCUGCAGAAAAGAAGACGACGUCUCCUCUUGCUGACUCAUUGACGGUGCAAAAGGUAUUUGUUCUUGAUGACCACGUUGGCUGCACGUACAGUGGAAUUGGACCUGAUUGCAGGGUGCUUGUCGACGCUGCCCGAAAAGCGUGUCAAAGGUACCGUUUGACGUACCAUGAGCCGAUGCCGGUUAGCCAACUUGUUCGUCAAAUAAGUUUCCUUUACCAGGAAUUUACGCAAUCUGGUGGGGUUAGACCCUUUGGCUGCUCGCUCCUUGUCGCUGGGGCCGAUUGCCAGGGCAACCAUCUCUAUCAGUUGGACCCCAGUGGCACCUUUUGGGCGUGGAAGGCCACCUCAAUUGGCAAGGGAAGCACGGAUGCCAAAACUUUUUUGGAGAAACGCUACACAAAUGAAAUGGAAAUGGAGGAUGCCGUGCACACAGCCCUCUUGACUUUGAAGGAGGGCUUUGAUGGCACGAUGACGGCAGAGAACACGCAGGUAGGACGGGUAAGUGAGGGAAAGUUUGAGAUCUUCACUGUGGAGCAACUGAAGGACUACUUGGACCAGAUUUAG